GACCCGUUUGCUAAUGUUGCUAACCAACAAGGAAGCAGCACAGCGUGCCAACUGCUAGCAAUAUAUAGUCGAAGGAAGGUGCCCUUGCUUGUGUAAAAGGACUUGCAGGUGGAUGGACUAAGUCUCGGAUUGGAACUAGGAAGUAGAAUAAGGACUACUUCAACAGCUAUUUGUGAAAGCAAGAAGUGAUCUAAAAGUCUGCAGGUGCCCCCAUUCUGUGUCAGCAGUGCCAAUCACUCAACCACCAUGUCAGAUGGACGGAUCUAUGUGGGGAAUCUUCCAGUGGAUGUCCAGGAGAGAGACAUUGAGGAUCUCUUCUACAAAUAUGGAAAAAUCCGGGACAUUGAAUUGAAGAACAAUAGAGGCACUAUCCCGUUUGCAUUCGUCCGAUUUGAAGACCCACGGGAUGCAGAUGAUGCUGUCUAUGGAAGGAAUGGAUAUGGAUAUGGAGACUCCAAGCUGAGAGUGGAGUACCCUCGAUCCGCUGGUGCUAAAUUUGGUCCUAUGGGUGGUGGUGGAGGAGGAGAAAGAGGUGGAGGUGGUGGAGGUGGAGGUGGAGGAGGAGGAGGACCUGGAGGACCUAAAGGAAGAUUUGGACCCCCAACUCGAAGAUCUGAAUUCCGGGUCAUGGUUACUGGAUUACCACCAACUGGGAGCUGGCAGGAUCUGAAGGAUCAUAUGCGCGAGGCAGGGGAUGUUUGUUUUGCAGAUGUGCAGCGUGAUGGAGACGGGGUGGUAGAGUUCCUCCGUAGAGAGGACAUGGAGUACGCAUUGCGCAGACUGGAUCGGACCGAGUUCCGCUCACAUCAGGGUGAGACUGCUUACGUCCGUGUCUACGAGGAACGGGGCACUCCCAGCUUUAACCGUUCACGUUCCCGCUCCAGAUCCAGAAGUCGCUGUACACCUCCCUACCAUAACAGAGGGUCUCCUCCUGCUCGCUACCAGUCACCUCCACGCCAUGCUAUGUCGCGCCAUAGUCCGCGCCAUAGUCCGCGCCAUAGUCCGCGCCAUAGUCCACGCCAUAGUCCACGCCAUAGUCCACCCCCCAGGAGGCACGCUCCACAGCACCAUAGCCCACCACCACCACCACGUCAUUACCGAUAAAAAUGCACGCCAUUUAUAGAGGAAUUGGGGGAAAUGUUUUGUAAUUCUACUUUUAAAUUUUUUUAAACCCCAGGCCUCCUCGUAGGAAAAGUCAUUGUUAUUACUAUUUACAUUCCAUGUUCACCUUCACGAUCACCCUGCUCCUCCCCAAUGCCUUAAAGAUAAUUUGUCUUUGUUUUUUAAACACCCAUUUGUGGUAUCUGGAAUCGGGAUUGUUGUUUUUUCUUUCUUAGCGAGGUAAUUAUAUUUGAUUAUCAUAUAAUGUAUUGCAGAUUUCUUUUAUAAAGAAAUCCUGGGGUGUGGUGUCAAACCUUGACGGGGAAGAUAAGCUUUUAGGCUAAAAGUCAUAUUGCUUAAAUUCUUGACACGAUUUUUCUUAUUGUGUGUUUCAUCCAGUAGAUUUAAUCAUACACUUGCCAAUCUGAGAAUCUGUGAAGCUAAUCAAUAUCCUACUCUGAUUCAAAACAUGUAUCCUGUGAGCCUUUUAGACUAGUGCCACAUGUUGACUGUGAGUCUCACCUGUCAGAUUUCUUUUUUUAUGUGUGACCGAGGUGGCCUGUAGUUGGAUUAUCAUUUGUAUGCAUCUCUAAUGUUGUUUUUUCUUUACAAUAAAAAUGCAAACUUUG